AUGCCCACUAAUGGCAGCUCCAAGCCUUUGCUGUUCCUCCUGACUGGUUUCCCUGGCCUGGAAAAUGUUUACCCUUGGAUUGCCAUUUCUAUUAGCCUGAUGUAUUUUGUGGCUAUCUGUGGUAACGGCACCAUCUUGGCCAUCAUACAGGCAGAGCGGAGCCUGCACAAGCCCAUGUACUUGUUAUUGGCCAUGCUGGCUGUGACAGACCUGUGUCUCACCGCCACCACCCUGCCAAGCAUGCUCCGCCUAUUCUGGUUCAACUCCCGAGCAGUCAGCUUCGGUGCCUGUGCCACUCAGAUGUUUUUCAUCCACUCCCUGUCCUGCGUGGAGUCCGGCAUCCUGCUGGCUAUGGCUUUCGACCGCUUUGUUGCCAUCUCCAACCCACUCAGAUACCCCCUGAUCCUGACUGGUUCCAGGAUUGCCAAGACGGGGUUGGUGAUGCUUUUCAGGAGUGUCCUCUUUGUGCUCCCAACCCCGAUCCUCCUCCGGCUGCUGCGGUACUGCAGAGUCAACACCCUCUCCCACUCGUUCUGCGUGCACCAGGACGUGAUGAAUCUUGCCUGCUCAGACAGGAGAGUCAACAUCAUCUAUGGCCUCUUUGCAGUCCUGUCCACAUUUGGCAUCGACUCACUGCUCGUUCUCCUUUCCUAUGUCGUCAUCGUGAAGACAGUCUUGAACAUCGCCUCUGGGGAGGAGUGUCUCCGGGCUCUUGACACCUGUGUCUCCCACCUCUGCGCUGUUCUGAUCUUCUACAUCCCCCUCAUAGGACUGACCAUUGUCCACCGGUUCGGGGAGCAUGCUUCCCCGCUGGUGCACAUCCUCAUGGGCUUCACCUAUGUCCUCAUACCCCCCAUGCUGAACCCCAUUGUGUACAGCGUCAAAAUAACCCAGAUCCGGCAAAGGAUCCUGAAGAGACUGCAGAGCAGGACAGCGCUGUGCGCAUGCUGA